GCUCUUCUCGGUGCCAGGGGGGGACGUCGGGGACCUGACGGCUGCAGUGGCUGCGGCAAUGGCGGCACCAUGGGGGCAGCUGGGGGGGGCGGAGCGGGCAGAGAGCCUAGAACGCCUGGCGGGGGCUCUCGAGGGCUCCUCCCCCACCCUGGCGGCCGUGGCCGCUCUGGGCACGGGCCGUGGCCCUGGCUCUGACCUGCAGGGGGCGCUGCGGGCGCUGCGGGAGGCGGCGGCAGGAGCCUGGAGCCUGCGGGGCUGGAGCCCGCUCGGGGUGGUGGCUGUGGUGGUGCCAGCUCCCUGCACCCUGACAGCGCUGAUGGGGACCCUGGGCCCCCUCCUGGCCAUGGGUAAUGGUGCCCUGGUGCUGGUGCUGGUGCCGCCGGGGGGGGCUGGGGCCGCGCUGGGGCCGCUGCUGGUGGCAGAGCUGGGGGGGGGCCGGGGGGGCAGCACCACUGCCCCCCGGGGUCCUCAAUGUGGUCACCGGGGCCCCCCCCCUGCACCGGGCCCUGAGGGACCUGCCCGGGGUGAGCGCGGUGACGUCGGUGGGGGACACGGAGGACCCCCCCCUGGGGCUCUGGGGGAGCCGCUACCUGCGGGUGGCCCCGCGGGGGGGUCACGUGAUCGUCCUCAUCUUGGACUCAGCUGACCUGGACAGUGCAGCCGCCGCCAUCAUGGGGGGGGGCAGGGCCAGGCCCCCCCUGCCCUUGACCUUGGUGGUGCUGGAGGCGCUGGUGGCCCCCCUGGUGCGGCGGCUCCGGGCGCUGUGCAGAGGGGACCCCCUGAACCCCGAUGUGUGGGGAGAGGACACUGAUCUCCUCGUCCCCGUGCGGUCGCUGCCUGAGGCUCUCUCGGUGCUCUCGGGGCUCCCCCCCCCCACUGCAGCCUCGCUCUGGACCCAGGACCUGGCCCUGGCCCUGGACACGGCCCAGAGGCUGCCCAUGGAGCUGGUGUGGGUCAAUACCCUCGAGGUGCCACAGCCAUGGGGGGGGCGCGGAGCCAUUGAGAUGCUGCGCCUCUUUGGGCGCCCCCCCUGGGCCCCCCCCACACCCCCAUUGGAUGAAGCCCCCAGCCUGGGGGUGCCUGACGUGACCCUUGACCCCGGUGACAUCACUGCAGCCAUGGGGGUCGCGCGCCGUGCCGCUAUGGGUUGGGCUCGUCUGGAGGCCUCCGCUCGCGCCCGGGUCCUGCAGGGGGCGCUACGGGAGCUCGGGCGCCCCCUGGCGGACGGCGCCAUAGAGGAGGACGCGCGCCUGCAGGGGGCGCUGCAGCGCUGGGCGGCGCGCGCGCUGCUGAUGGGCGGGGCCGUGAAGGAGGCGCCCGGGGGCCGGUUCCUGGUGACGCGGAGGCCGCUGGGCGUGGUGGGCGUGGCCUGGAGCGGGCCCCGCCCCCUGCGCCGCGCGCUGGAGCUCCUCCCCCCGGCGCUCGCCUGCGGUAACGCCCUCGUGCUGGUGGCGCCACCCAGCGGACUGGAGGCCGCGAGGCGGCUGCAGAAGGCUCUGGAGGCCGCGGGGCUCCCGGUGGGGGCUCUCUCAGUGCUACCGGGGGGGGCCACGGCCUCGGGGCUGCCCCUGGCCAGGGAGCGCCCCAAUGGGCUCUGGCUCUGUGGGGGGGACCCGGACCUCGACUGGGGCUCAAUAGGGGGUGACCCCCAAGUGUGGGUCCCGGAGGGGGGGGUUUUGGACGCGCCCCCCCCCGAAGCUGACCUGGAGCUGGAGCUGCGCUGCACCCGGCCCCACAGCCUGUGGCUGCCCUUGACCCCUGACCUUUGAACUUUGUGCCCCCCCCCAAUAAA